AUGGGAGGAUCAGAGAGCGCGCCAGUUGCGGGAGGGGAUCGGCAAGAGGCCAUCGCGCCCAAUGCGCUGAAUGCGCCCGCAUUCAAUCGUCUAGCCGGUGAGCAUCGAUGCAGACUUUUUCCCGGCGCUCUGCCAUAUUCCUCCUUUGCGCGCCUUCUUUACUUCUCCUGUGCGCCUUUCCCCCUGGCUCACAAUGUUCCCGUCUUUGCGACCCUCACCAACUCUGCAUUCCCACACAAAACAGGCAAACGCAUCAUUCUCGCCUCUUCUUCCCCUCGCAGACUGGACAUUCUCGCGACUGUCGGAAUCAGACCGGAAGUGGUGCCUAGCACAUUUGAUGAGAGUUUGGACAAGGAUGACUUUGUUGGAGCUAGCAUUUUGGAAUAUCCGGUCGAGACGAGUGCUAGAAAGGCGAGUCUUGUUGCCAUUUUCCCCUUCUUUCUUUUCCUUUUUGCUUUCUUCGUUGGCGCAUGUAUGCACACCAUCUGAGCAUCACGGAGCAGAGCGCGCACCUAGCUUACUGCGUGAUCGUAGGGAGUCGCGGCAGAUGCAACCUGGGCUGACCUCGCUGCAUGCUCUCGCCCCCCGUCCCAUCUCUCGCACUAAUCCUCUUGCCCUGCAGGCAAUCGAAGUGUACGAAAGGCUGUUGGUGAGCUGCACAAGCCUUGCCAAGGUUGCUGCGCUUGGUGACGAAGCUCAGCUCAACAUUCACCCGUCUUGUCCCUCCACUUUGGCUCAUCAGAAAGAGAACCCGGCGGAUCCUCCAGAUCUGAUCAUUGCCGGUAAGAUCAGUCUCGCUUUCGCAGCUUGCGACGGUGACUCCAGGCUGCUCACGCAACGUGCCUUUUGACGUACGCGCCCACGUGGCAGCCGAUACGGUGGUGGUCAAAGGCGAAGAGAUUCUGGAAAAGCCAAAGGAUCGGCUGGAUCAUAUUCGCAUGCUGGCCGAUCUGAAUGAUGGAGAAGUGAGAGACGCUGACAAAGGAAGGAGCGGUGAGAGGCACAGCGGUUCAUUCGUCUCCGCUGACACUCCUUUACUGCUUUUCUCCGGCAGUGCGAAGUGAUCACGGGCGUGACGCUGAUUCACCCGAUCAUCCAAGCGCCCGGUUUCAAAGUUCGUUCCAUCUCCGAACGCACAAAGGUCUUCUUUGCCGCCAAUCCUGCCGAACUUUUGAAAGCGUACGUGGAGGAUGGGGAAGGAGCGGAUCGGGCAGGCGGCUUUGCGGUGCAGGGCAAAGGUGCGCUGCUGGUCAGAGCCAUCGAGGGCGAUUACAACAACGUCGUCGGUUUUCCACUCUUUAGCUUUUGGUGAGUGAGAGUGAGAGUGAGAGUGAGGUCUGCCGGUGGGGGGUUGAGAAGGAGCUAGCGUUCCAAAGCAAGACGAAGCGUGGCUCAUGCUUUUUUUUCGGUCGAUAUUCGACUCGACACCUUGACGCGCAGCGCUUUCUUGCACGAGCUCAUCGGGACGGAAGAAUUGGAAUUCGUUUGA